AUGCCAAUUUCGCAAGAGCAGCAUCUUCUAUGGCAGAGAAGCGACAACAACAGUCCGCAACUUCAAAACCGCAUUGGCGGAAGGGAUCACUACAUCAAGACUGUACACCGCCCGUUUGCUCGCUUCCCAAGAGGAGACACAAUGCUGAAAGAAAAGCACCGGUCGGGAUGCCUACGUACUGUGGAAAACCGUGCCAUUCUCGGCGCGGUCAAACAGGAUCCGGAGGUUAGCAACCGCAGGCUUGCGAUGAGACUCGAUUUGAGCCAACCAGCAGUUCUCAGCCGUCCCUCAUCUCAUCCAGAAAAGUACUGGAUUCCUCAUACCUUGUCGGAUGACAUGCGGAACACGCAGAUAUCCAUCUGUCAGUCUCUAAUCCUUCGGCCACAUCGCGCUGCAAGGAUCUCUACGAGAAGCCACACCAACACUAGCAAAGUCGAGCAUGCACCCCAAGAAGGCCCUCCUCCCUCUUGGGAUUCGAGGGAAUUGCUGUACGAUCUGUUUCCGCAAAGAUACGCUGUCACCUCUGUCAUUUACGGUACUCAGCUCAGAAAACUCACAGAACGUGUUCGAGAAAAGUAG